AGUUGCUAGCCCAGUGUUGACCCAGAAGUGUAAGCAGCAGACACAGAUCUGAUCGUAAAUUCAAUUAAAUAUUGAAUUUGAAAACGAUCGAAACAUAAUUCGGCGCACAAGGAUCACAAAGGAUUAUAUACACAACACACACAACAACAACACAACUAAUUCUAAACCCAAACGUGCUGCCAUUUAUUGCAGUUACAAAGUGCUAAUCAUGAGAGCCGCACUUUUUGUCUUCACGCUUUGCGUCGUGGCCCUGGCCACCGCAUCAGCCGAUACGCAUGAGCGCAAGGUACGCGCCGCCGACGGCUACGUCUAUCCAGUGCCAGAUGUUCCAUUUGAGCUGCCCACACGCGCGACUCUGCCACCCACCUACAGGCCACCCGUGCCAGUGACUACCAGACGUCCACCUCAGACCCCACCACCAACAUACCUGCCCCCUACCACGCAGCGUAUCACCACUCGUGCCACCAUUCGCACCACUCAGCGCCCAAUUAUUACGACCAGAGCUACUCUGCGCACCACUCCAGCUCCUACUUACUUGCCACCCACCAACUACCCAGCGCCUCCAGUGACCACCCGUGCCACCACUCGUCGUCCACCACCACCACCACCAACCACUCGCGCUACGACUCGUGCCACUACUCGUGCCACUAGGCCACCAACUCCACCACCAACAUAUCUGCCUCCUGUUACCACCGUCCGCACCACUCGUGCUACAGUGCGCACCACCCCACGUCCUGUGAUUACCACCAGAGCUACUCUGCGCACCACUCCAUUCACCACUCGUCCACCCACCCGACCACCACCACCAACAACCACCCGUCGCCCAACCACCUCGGGACCUACCUACUUGCCACCCACCAACUACCCAGCGCCUCCAGUGACCACCCGUGCCACCACCCGUGCUACCACUCGUCCAACAACUCGUGCUACCACUCGUGCUACCACCCGUGCAACCACCACUACUCGUGCCACUACUCGUGCCACCACUAGGCCACCAACCCCACCACCAACAUAUCUGCCCCCAGUUACCACCGUCCGCACCACUCGUGCUACAGUGCGCACCACCCCACGUCCUGUGAUUACCACCAGAGCUACUCUGCGCACCACUCCAUUCACCACUCGUCCACCCACCCGUCCACCACCACCACCAACGACCACCCGUCGCCCAACCACUUCGGGUCCUACCUACUUGCCACCCACCAACUACCCAGCACCUCCAGUGACCACUCGCGCCACCACCACCCGCCCAACCACUCGUCGUCCUCCACCACCACCACCAACCACCACUCGUGCCACCACCCGUGCCACCACUAGGCCCCCAACCCCACCACCAACAUAUCUGCCCCCAGUUACCACCAUCCGCACCACUCGUGCCACAGUGCGCACCACCCCACGUCCUGUGAUUACCACCAGAGCUACUCUGCGCACCACCCGCCCCCCAACCCCACCACCAACAUACCUGCCACCCGUCACCACCACCCAGAGACCCACAACUCGCAGAACCACUCCCUAUGUGCCACCAGUGACGGUGCCAACGACACGUAGAACCACCCAAUAUGUGCCACCAGUGACAAGAGCUACCACCAGAGCGCCCACUAAGCCAACGGGCUACUCUUACCCCAAGCCCAGCAUUCCCUUUGACUUUUAAGUAAAUUGUAAUUACUUUUUAAUUGAAAUCGUCAUUGUCUACCGAGGGGAUGCAGUAACUGAUGCUUUACACUAUCUAGCGAGCGAUACAAUGCCAACAAUAUUUCUAGGGCUAGAUACAUCUAGUCAAUACAGUCUAAAAAAUAAUUUUUACAGCGCUUCAAGCGGGUGCUCUUAAGAAGCAAUCAAAGCAAAAGAAAAGAAAGAAUACGAUCAUUGAAGCGUCAUAAGGACAAAGAAUGCAAAUUGUUUGUUUUUGUUUAUAUUAAUUAUUGAACCACAUACUCAUACAAUUAGGGAACCACUGUAAACUGUAUCUACAAAACCCUGUAAAACUGAAAGGCUAUACUUAGUGCUUUCCCCUCUCUCACUCUUUAUCUAUGUGCCCUCUCUUUAUUAUGUCUCCUCAGCAGUUUGUGUCUCUAUCUUUCCUUCAACUAUAUAUAUGUAUAUGUAG